AUGCGCUCGCAUCAGCUUGUUGUACGUGCGCAAUGCACUGUGCAGCUCUCUCAUAGACCAGCUUUGCGUCCAAAGUGUCUUGCCACUCAAUGCUCCUCUAAACGUUUCAACAGCCAUGUCGCGCAAAGCGAUCGACCACCUCGUGUUGCCAUUAUUGGCUCCGGUCCAGCUGGGUUCUAUUCUGCCUAUCGCCUGCUGUCGAAACGCCAGGAUACGCUGAUUGAUAUGUACGAGAAACUGCCCGUUCCAUUUGGAUUAUCAAGAUACGGUGUCGCCCCGGAUCAUCCCGAGGUUAAGAACUGUGAAGACAAGUUUAUGGAGGUUGCUUCGUCGUUGAACCUCAAUUUUGUUGGAAAUGUUGACGUCGGAAACGACCUGCCGCUCGCCGCACUCAAACCCCACUACGACGCCAUCUUAUUCGCAUAUGGUGCCACAAAGGAUAAGGAACUCGGAAUUCCAGGCGAGGAGACUCUGGAAAAUGUGCACGCAGCGCGUGCCUUUGUUGGGUGGUACAAUGGCCACCCUGAGCACAGGAACCUUGGCCCGGACCUGAGCGGGGAGACUGCUGUGAUUGUCGGACAAGGCAACGUUGCCCUCGAUGUUGCUCGAAUUCUUCUUUCUGACGUCAGUGCUCUUUCAAAGACUGAUAUUUCGGAACACGCUAUAGAGAAGCUUGCUCAAAGCCGCAUCAAACGGGUGCACGUUGUUGGUCGUCGUGGACCCCUGCAGGCUGCAUUCACAAUUAAAGAACUACGCGAGAUGCUUCAGCUUCCGGGGGUCUCAUUUGACCAAAUCCCAGAGGGUGUCUUCCCGCCAGACAGUGUGAUCUCGGCAUUGCCCCGGGCGCAAAAGCGUAUCAUGCAGCUCCUAAGCAAAGGAUCAAGCAAUGACCCGAAGACAUCUCCAAAAUCAUGGUCAUUGGAUUUCUUGCUUGCACCCGACUCUCUCCACGGGUCGGCCGAACACCCGGACCAUAUCUCCCAUGUAAAGUUCUCCUGUAACGAACUCGACCCCUCAGAUCCCCACAGUCCCAGCUCCAAGGUUCUGCCCAAGAAUUCGACCAAUGGCCAGCGGGCCCAAGUCGAUAUCCCGGCCAGUGUUUUCUUCCGUAGCGUUGGUUACAAAUCCCUUGCACUUCCCGGGAUCGAGGAUCUCGGCAUUGAUUUUGACAACCAGCGCGGAAUUCUUCCAAAUGAUGGUUUCGGUCGUAUCACAAGUCUCACAAACAAAGGCGAGCCUGAGAAUUUGCCAGAUGGAUCUCUUAUUUCCCAUUUACCCGGGUUAUACUGCGCUGGUUGGGUGAAGCGGGGCCCAACAGGUGUCAUUGCUUCAACGAUGACGGAUGCAUUCACCACCGCGGACAGCGUUGUGCAGGAUCUUGCACAAGUGGGCGAUUCGAAGUCUUUGCUUAAUUGGCCUGGUCAAAGCAGCGGGCUCGGCUGGGAAGGUGUGAAGGCCGAGGCCCAGCGCCUUGGCUUGCGUCCGACUUCCUGGGAGGACUGGUUGCGGAUUGAUCGCGAGGAAAAGAGGCGUGGUGAACUCGUAGGCAAGCCUCGAGUCAAAUUUGAUACGUGGGAUACUGACAUCUUCCACGAAAUAAUCGGUGGAAGUACGAUAUUCCACUAG